UCCUCCUCCUCCUCCUCCUCCUCCUCCUCGUUUAGUCUGCCUGCUCCUGCCCUGCCUCUCGCUCUCUUUCCCCCUGCUGGGCUGCCGCCGCCUGUCUUGAACUUCCUCAUCUUCCCCCUGCUAGGCUAGGCCCUCUGCCUCUCAAACCCCAACUUGAGUUGGCAGAUUUCCGCCCACCGCCCCCACGGCCUCCAUAGCUGGUGGAGCCCCUUUUUAUGCUGCUGAGAGGGAGCUGGUGAAGGCGAGACUGAUGAGGGAAUACAAGGUGGUGGUGUUAGGGAGCGGAGGGGUGGGUAAGUCUGCCCUGACUGUGCAGUUUGUCACGGGCACCUUCAUUGAGAAAUAUGACCCCACCAUUGAGGAUUUUUACCGCAAGGAGAUCGAAGUGGACUCUUCUCCCUCUGUACUGGAAAUCCUGGACACCGCAGGGACUGAGCAGUUUGCUUCCAUGAGAGAUCUCUACAUCAAAAACGGCCAAGGUUUCAUCCUAGUUUAUAGCCUGGUUAACCAGCAGUCUUUCCAGGAUAUCAAGCCCAUGAGGGACCAGAUUGUCAGGGUGAAGAGAUAUGAAAAAGUCCCACUCAUCCUAGUGGGGAAUAAAGUGGAUCUGGAAUCAGAAAGGGAGGUUUUGACUGCAGAAGGCAGAGCUUUGGCUCAGGAGUGGGGCUGCCCGUUCAUGGAGACAUCAGCCAAAAGUAAAACAAUGGUGGACGAACUCUUUGCAGAAAUCGUCAGGCAAAUGAACUAUGCAUCUCUGCCUGAGAAACAAGAUCAGUGUUGUACAACUUGCAUCAUCCAGUGAAGAAGCUAACCUCAUUCAUGGCCAUACAGAGCAGAUAAAACUCAGAGGGAAUUUGCACAGAUGCUGCUUUGGACAACUUGACAGCCUGGGUUGCAGAACUGAGCCUUGGUAAACCUGUCUCGAUAACAGCAUGUUGCCAUACACCUAAUUAAGUGCAUAAGGUCCACAGCCUUCAAGAUCCAUAGACCUUAACCAAGAAUGCUUAGCACGUUUACCAUAAGUUAAAAUAGAUUCUUUAUCAAUCAGUCCUUUUGUAGCUUUCUAAGUUCUUAUUAAUGGUUAAUAUGCAAGGGUUCAUUUUUAAUAUUUUAAUUGAUUUCUUUAAUCAAUUUCUGAACUUGUAUUUAUUAAAUACUUAAACUCAGUAUUACCUACUCAAUGCCUUUUAAAAGUUUUAAUGGAGAAUAAAUUGAGCCUUAAACAAGUGGUUACUUCUGUAUAUUACCUCGCUCCAGUGCUUCAAUCUAUUUGCGAAAAUAUUUGUUUCCUGAAAUGGUUGGUUGAUAUUUUGAGACUUUAUGUUUACGUGUGACAGUGUUGUGAGAAACUCAAGAUCCCAUCUUACCUGUAUGGAUGUAAUAUCCCUUUUCUCAUCGGAUGCAGCCUGUGAUAGGGUAUUGUAAUUGACAUGUUCAGAAAGUGGAAAUUGCGAUUUGAAAUUGACCGUGAUAUUUAGUUGAAUGGGGUUUUCAUGAUUUUGUUAAUGUCCUUUGCAACAGUGACUUGCAGCUGAAGCAUUUUCCUUUCUGCGAAGUUCUAAAUUUAGUUAUGACCUACUUUUAACAAUGCCUUUGAAAAGGGAUAUUGUAUUCUAGGUAAAUGAAUUUCGGAUACCUGCACUCAAAUAUCUCAGCUUUGCCUGGCAGGUUAGUAAUUUACAUCUAGUCAGUUUCUGCACAUGUAAAGUGAAUGCAAAUAAAAUGAUUUUACAUUUUAUAGUUAAUAUUUGUCUUUCUGAACAAUGUUGUAAAGCAAUAUUUGUUAACAUCUUCUUGCACUGUCACAAUUGCUUUUUUUGUUAUUUCCCAGUAAACAGGUUAGCAACAGAGACAAAAAUCAGUGUAAGGUAAGGGGGGAAAGCACCCAUUUUUUCCAGUGCUCUGAAUUGCAAAUGCGCUCUGAACAGCCAUUGACUUCCCUGUUGUUUACCUGAUCAACACAUUUUGUCUGAAUACUUGAACAUUUUAACAGUAACACAGGUAUUAAAACAGAAAAAAAAAUGUGUAAAGAAUAAAUGAUGCUUUUUCUUCCGUUUUAACAUGUGUACAAGCGAGCUUUUUCUAGCAGUGGUUUAAAGUUUUGUAAGUUUUCCAAUAUUUUGCUUUAUCUUCGGUUUAGUUUUGUGUGUGCCUGUGUGUGUGGGCGUGUGCGCGUAUGUUUUACAGAAGUGAUGAACUGCAGCUCACCUACUGCACCAAAGUUGUAGAUCUUAGGGGCCCAGCUUUAGUCAUUUGAACAUGCUUCUAAUGAAAAGAAAACCAAAAGGACUCUUUUGACUUGUAAUAGCUAAAGACCUUUGGCCAAGAAGGCUCUAGUAUAUGCAGUGAUGGUCUGGGGAGGUGGGGCAAUUUAGCAUUUCAUUGUGUGCGAUAUUCAAGUACAUCAGCAGGUAUCACCAGGGCCUACUACAUUGCCAUCAGUGGUCUUUGUGACCGAUUUUUCUGGAACAAAAAUUCUGAUUGAACUGUUUGAUUCUCCAUGGUUGGUGGACUUUAUUUAGUUCCCCAUGAAAUUCUCUAAAGUUAAAUUUUCUCGUCUUAGAUAUAUAAUUUUAUGGUGAGAACGGAGGGCUAGGGAUGAUUGGAAUACUUUUCCCUAUUUAUAAACUGCUUGAAACCUGAUCAUUUCGGUUUGCACUUUAAUAUCACACUUAAAACCAAACACUGUAUUCAAAGUAGAUUAGAUGGUGGUGGUCAAUCUUUAUUAGCUCUACUAAACAAUAGGAGAUUCAAAUAAUUCAUGAAGAUUUUAGUUUUCUGAAAAUUGUGGGUUCUUUCUUCUGGGUAGUUUUCUUUCCCCCCUUCUUCCUUCCCCCCUCCUUCUUCCUCCUCCUUCUCUCUUUCGCUCUUGCUCUCGUU